CUGUGCCUCAUCUACAUGUUCCUGGGUGUGUCUAUCAUCGCUGACCGCUUCAUGGCAGCAGUCGAGGUCAUUACCUCACAGGAAAAGGAAGUAACCAUCACCAAACCUAACGGGGAAACAUCAGUGACAAUGGUGCGGAUCUGGAAUGAGACUGUGUCCAAUCUCACACUCAUGGCCCUCGGCUCCUCUGCCCCAGAGAUCCUGCUGUCAGUAAUUGAGGUGUGCGGGCAUGGCUUCAGCGCAGGUGAAUUGGGGCCUGGCACUAUUGUGGGCAGUGCUGCCUUUAACAUGUUUGUGAUCAUUGGCAUCUGCGUGUGGGUCGUCCCUGAUGGAGAAUCACGCAAGAUCAAGCACCUGCGUGUCUUCUUCAUCACUGCCUUCUGGAGCGUGUUCGCCUACAUCUGGCUCUACCUUAUCCUGGCUGUCAUCACGCCUGGUGUUGUGCAGGUUUGGGAGGCCCUGGUAACUCUGCUGUACUUCCCUGUGUGUGUGAUCCUGGCCUGGAUUGCUGACCGGCGCUUGCUUUGCUACAAGUACAUGCACAAGCAUUACCGUGCCAAUAAGCGUCACCACGCCAACAAGAGUCAGGGAGUGGUGUUGGAGACAGAGGGUGAGCUCACCAAUAGAACGGAAACGGAAAUCCAGGAUGCAAAGUUCACCACUGUGGGUAGGGCCAAGGCCACUGAGAACAUGGAUGGCAACCAUACCUGCAUCACCUUGGAGUCAAUUGAGCUGGAUGAAAAUCACAAGGAGGUGAUCCGCAUAUUGAAAGAGCUGAAAAGGAAGCACCCAAUGAAGAGCCUAGAGGAACUGAUCGAACUGGCUAACUACGAGACACUGAUGCCCCAGCAGAAAAGCCGUGCCUUCUAUCGCAUGCAGGCAACACGCAGGAUGAUUGGUGCGGGAAAUGUCUUGAAGAAACACACCAUAGAACCGGCACAAAGUUCUACACACACACAAGAUAAACCCCAGGAGGAAGACCUGUCAUCUUGCAGCUGUAUCAUGUUUGAGAAAGGACAGUAUCAGUGCAUGGAGAACUGCGGCACAAUCAGCUUGCAUGUAACCUGUCAGGGGGGCACUGGCAAAAACACUAUUUACCUGGACUACCGAACUGAGGAUGGCUCAGCCAAUGCUGGUUCCGACUACCAGUUCAGUGAGGGCACGCUGAUAUUCAGGCCUGGAGAAACCAAACAGGAAAUUAAGGUGGAGAUCAUCGAUGAUGAUGUCUUUGAGGAGGAGGAGUACUUCUUCGUGAAGCUGCUGAAUUUGCGGAUGGGAGAUGUGGACGGCAUGGUUGAGAUUGAAGGGGAAUGUGCGGCCCCUAAAGCUCGGUUGGUAGAGCCGCUGGUUGCCACAGUGACCAUCCUGGAUGAUGAUCACUGCGGAAUCUUCAGCUUCAGCCAGCCACUGCUGCAUGUGAGUGAGGGCAUUGGAAUCCUGGAGGUGCCAGUGUUGCGCAACUCUGGUGCCUGUGGUACCGUCAUCCUACCCUAUCACAGCGAAGAUGGCACAGCCCAAGGAGGAGGCAUAGACUAUGACGAUGCACACGGCGAGCUGGUGUUUGCGAACAACCAGACCUGUCAAACCCUGCAGGUACACAUCAUUGAUGACCAGGAGUAUGAGAAGCAUGAAAACUUCUUCAUUGUGCUAGAAGAACCACGAAGGGUCAAGAAGGAGAUCUCAGGUCAGUGUCUCAGUGUUCAUGUCACAAGUUACGAGCUCACUCUGUCUCUCUCUCCCUCAGACAGCCCCUGUGAUGAGGGGGAUGAAUCUUGCCAUGUUGCAGAGCUGGGGAAGCCAAUCCUAGGGGAGUUCAGUCGGCUCGAAGUAAUGAUUGAGGAGUCCUUAGAUUUCAAGAGCACAGUAGACAAGCUGCUAAAGAAGACUAACCUGGCACAAGUGAUUGGGACGUACUCCUGGAGAGAGCAGUUUGUUGAAGCGGUGACCAUCAGUGCAGCUGGGGAUGGUGACAUGGAAGAGGAGGAAGAGGUGCAGGUUCCUUCCUGCUUUGACUAUGUCAUGCACUUUUUAACACUUUUCUGGAAGCUUCUGUUUGCCUGUGUGCCACCCACGGGAUACUGGAAUGGCUGGGCAUGCUUUAUGGUGUCAAUUAUUGUGAUCGGCAUCCUCACUGCAGUAAUUGGGGACUUGGCCUCGCAUUUUGGCUGCACUGUGGGUCUGCGUGACAGUGUGACUGCAGUGGUCUUUGUGGCCUUGGGCACCUCUGUUCCUGACACUUUUGCCAGCAAGGUGGCAGCCAUUCAGGACAAGUAUGCAGACGCAUCAGUGGGGAAUGUGACAGGCAGUAAUGCAGUGAAUGUGUUCCUGGGUAUUGGGGUGGCGUGGUCCGUGGCAGCAGUAUACUGGGAGGUGCAGGGACAGAGUUUCCAUGUGGACCCCGGAUCACUGGCCUUCUCCGUCACCCUCUACACAGUAUUCGCCUUCCUUAGUAUGGGUGUGCUGCUGCUCCGUCGUCGGCCUGCCAUUGGUGGGGAGCUCGGUGGCCCUCGUGCUGCUAAGCUGCUCACAACUCUGCUGUUCUUGGGCCUGUGGCUGCUGUACAUCCUGUUCUCCAGCCUCGAGGCAUACUGUCACAUACAGGCCUUCUAA